AUGGAGAACAUCUUCAAUCGCUCGUACUAUCAACUUACCAAACGAGGUCUACAAUGUAUCGGACAUUGGCCGUUUCAGUCGGUGAAGAAGCGGAGAUUUUUGAGGUGUUUAACUUAUAUUUUAGUUACUACCAUAGUCGUACCCAAAAUAAUCAAGCUAAUUGAGUCGUUGCAUGAUUGGGAUAUUGUAAUCGAGUGUUUACCUAUGCUUGGAUGUCAUACGAUGGCUCAAGCUAAAUUUUUCAACUGGAUAAUAAUGGAAGACCAUAUGAAAAAAUUAUUCUUAACUAUCAAAAGGGAUUGGGAGAGUUUGAAAUUGGAAUGUGACUUCAAAAUACUACAUGAGUGGUCAGACCAAGCACGACGUUUAAAUAUUUUUUAUGCAACAUCCCUCUUUGGGGUUCUACUUGUUUAUUUUUCUUCACCUUCAGUCCCAAAAAUAUUGGAUCUUUUACAUCCACUGAAUGAGACACGUCCACGAAUAUUCCUCUAUCAAACGGAAUUCUUCAUCGAUCAGGACAAAUAUUACGUGUAUCUACUGAUUCAUUCUUAUGUGACGGUGGCUCUUGCUUUAGCCUACAUAGUAAUUUGCGAUAAUUUAUUCACAACUUUCGUUAAUCAUGCUUGUGGAAUGUUUGAAAUUCUGAAGUAAGAUCAGCCAAAAGCCAAGAGAAAGUGCACACAACUCUAUAUUUACUGUUCUUCAGAUUACAUU